GGCUGCUUCAACUGUCAUAGGUCUGGGCUGUAACGCCUGGGGUAAGUGCCCGAGUACAUCUUCUGGCGGUCCAAUGGAACCCGACACGAUGGGGCCACAACCGACUACGAGCAAAGCGGGAGAAGAGUACAGGGCAUCGCCCGAUCGAGCACUGAGGGAUCUGAAGGAACGAAUUAGGCAAGAAGCACCGCUGAGAUGGGCUGACCAAACCAAUGACGGAGGGCCCGACAUGAGAGGUGAACCAGUUGCGACAGAGCCACAGGAGGCUCUAAAGACGGGUACCUCGAGCGGACGACGAGAAACGACGAGGCGGCGCUCCCCCGAGUACGAGCGGAGGGACAUUAUAGCGGACAGGGGCUAUGGUAUCACAGAAUAUCUGGAGAAGUGGGAGCUUCACGUCAGCCGGAGUCGGUGGUCGGAGGAAGAGAUUAUAGAGAACUUCCUAUUUAAUGUGGACCCAAGUCUUGGUAGGGAAGUUAAGGAAGCUCGACCGAAGGAUGGGAAAUGGACUACGUACAAGAAGAAUCUCGUUGAACUUUACAAACUGGAGGACAACAAGUAUUCCAUUAAGGACCUUGAAACAAUAACUCAAGAUGAAGAUGAGAGCGUACGGGCAUUUGGGAUGCGUUUUCAGAAGAUCUUCGACGUGCUGAUGAAGAAGGGGAAGAUCUCAGAGGUCGAGCACUGUACUAUCUUCAUCGGACACUUGUCCAAAGGUAGGCAAAAGAGUAUACUUAGAGAUCUUCCGCGCGACAGGCUUGAUUUCCCAGAAGUCCUAAAGCUCGCGAUAAAGGCCGAGGCAGACGAUUACAAGGACUUGGUGUGGAGAGGGAUGAGGAGACGCGACUUCUCUCUCUACAAGGAGUAUGCCACUGAUAGAUGUCCAGAUUUCAAGGACUAUCCCUGGUCGGAGAAGAAUGAGGCCGUGGCUGAGGAAGUGAAGGAGAUACGGGACAUGGUGAAGGGAUUGACGAGACAGGUUACGGAGAUUGUGACCGCCACAGGGGUCAMGRCBUACCGGGACAAACYUGGAGGGCCCUAUUCGCUUCGCUGGGACCGUAGGAACAACGAUCCCUGGAGGAGUGUCGAGGAUAGAAAUCCYCGGACACUGAUUGAUUAUCGUACGAGGGGGAGAGAGAGAGACGAUGAAUUAUGGCGACGCAGGGACGAUGAGAUAGACCGAGACCGCAGAGAUCGUGAGCUGUUUGUGCGAGCAAGGAGGCUCGAUGAUUACCCCCGAAGCCCUCGCUAUGAGGCCGAUCGGGGUAGAGGCGACUCCCGCGGCCGAUGGGAGAGGGACGGCAGAUACGAGAGAUCGGACCGGGAUGGAUAUAGGGACGACAGAUAUGAGAGGUCGGGUYGAGAUGGCUACAGAGGAAGUAGAUAUGAGAGAGGAGAUAGGGACUGRGAACGACAAGAUGGGUCACGUGGACGGUUURAGCGCGGGGGAGAAGCGAGAGAGCAGCKCGACGAGACGYGAGGAUGGUACRACCGAGGGGACCGACGCGAUGAGUCACGAGGACGCUAUGACUCGGGGGACCGCCGGAAUGACUCGCGAGGGCAGUAUGAGUUAGGAGGGUCUGGAGGAGACCGGCGCAACGAUUCGCGCAGUCGGAAUGAGAGAGGGGGAUAUGGUGUCUCAUCAGAACCAUAUCCAAAGUCGCCUGACCCCAACGCGGCCAGGAAAUCGAUGUCUAGGGGCGCAGACGACAGGGCGGAUUGCCCGGAUCUUAAACGGGCAAUAGAAGAGGGACUUGUCGUGCUUGACGACCGCAAGUACGUCAAGUGGGCUGAUGAUCUCGGAGAUGUAUCGAUGUUCCCUUCGAUGAAGGAGAAUGUCGAAGCAAGAAGAAUAAAAACGAGUAAAGGAAUGGAGCCGGUUAGGGGCCACAGCAUCAAGAUAACCUUUGAGGGGGACAUGGCGACCACACCCAUAACGGUGGCAGCCACCAAGCCGGCGAGAGUGUUUACAUCGAAGAAAACUGACACGGAUUACGUGAUGGUGGAGAAGGACGGGCAGCGGGUUGAUGGAGAGGAGGUUAUCCUUUCGCCGCGAAAGCGGGGAGUGAAGAAGUUCUUAAUGAAGAGCUCGCUGGACGAGAUUGACACGAUCGAGCCAUUGAGGCGGGCCCUUCGGCAACCCAUGCAGUGCUCUAUUCUGGAGUACCUGGCGGCAUCGAAGCCAGCUCGUGAUGAGUUACAGAUGAUCACGAGGAAGACCCGCAUACCUCUAUCGGAGGAGGGUCACGCCCCUAAGGCGGAAGCUUCUACARUAACAGUAACUGGGGUGACUGCMAGAGCGGAUCGCAUGGCGACAGUCCUUCUCGAUGGAAUGGAAGGUGUGCCACCAGACAAGUUUUAUAUACUUGGUAGCGGGGCCGUGGAGACGAUUAUAAACGAUGGAGCGGUACUCGAUGCUGUGAUUGAUAACGGGAGUGAGGCUGCUUGAACCGGUCGAUUUAUCGUUUGACUAUUGAGGGUAAUUGCGGUUUGUACCGGCCGAAUUCCGGRUUGACUA